GCAUAGAACAGUAAAGAUCCAAACAAUAAGAUAAAUAUACAAGUCGACAAAGAUUUAUAUUUAAAUCAGUAUAGGAAAUAAGUAAAUAAUUUACUUCAAUUCCUUAGGAUCCUAUAUCGAUACCCAGUAAAGGACGCCUGCAAGCAUCACGAGGCUUUUGAAGGUUGCUUCAUACUUCUAAACAUCCAGUAAAUCAUUUUAAAACAUAUAUUGUUUCAUUACAAGGAUAGAAUCGGUGUUUUGAAUAUUCUCCCUUUGGAAUACUUCUUUCCAUACCGCACUUGUCACUUACUACUUGGCAUUCUUGUACGCAGAAUGUGUUGAGGCGUUCCAGAAGCUUAAAAUGAAAGAAGUUAGAGUCGUUAUUUGUGGAGACCAAGGGGUUGGGAAAUCCUCUCUUAUUUCAGCGUUAAUACAAGAAGACAACGUUACAGCAAUUCCAAAGGUAUUUCCUAUAAUAUCCAUUCCUCCUGACCCAAAAUUGAAUGACGAUGUAUCUUUGGUAUUGGUAGACACUCAGUCCGGCAGCAAUGAAAGGGAUUAUUUAGCAUCUCAAUUGAGAAAAGCCAAUGUUCUAUGUCUUGUGUAUUCCGACAAUUAUUCUUACGAACGUGUUAGCAUCUUUUGGCUCCCGUACUUUCGAUCCCUAGGAAUCAAUGUUCCUAUUGUCUUAUGUGCAAACAAGUCGGAGGAUCUUGAUAAUUAUCAAGGGCUUCAUUCUAUUGAGCAUGAAAUGGUACCUUUGAUUAAUGAAUUCAAGGAGAUUGAAUCCUGUAUCCUUUGUAGUGCGCUCGAAAAAGUCAACGUGAAUGAGUUAUUUUAUAUAUGCCGUUCUUGUGUCAUUUACCCCAUUAUUCCUCUGUGGGAUACAAAAGAAAAGAAAUUGAAAAGCGUGGCAGUUGAUGCCUUAAGUCGAAUAUUUUUCCUAAGCGACAAGAAUAAUGACGACCUUUUGUCGACAGAAGAGCUUGCACAUUUAUCCGAAAAGUGUUUUGGAAAACAACUUAGUAAAGAGGAGGCAGAAGAUAUUAUAAAUACUGUUCAGGAAGUCUUUCCAAAUGGCGUAACUAAUGGACAGCUUAAUCGUGCUGGGUUUUUAGCUUAUAAUCAGCUCCAAAUCGAGAAUGGGAAACAGGAAAGUACAUGGGGAAUUUUGCGAGCGUUCCAUUACACAGAUAGUCUUUGUCUUGAUGAUUCUUAUCUUAGCCCCAAAUUGGAAGUCGCACCCGGUCAGAGUGUUGAACUUAGUCCAAAAGGUUACAGGUUUUUGGUUGAUUUGUUCUAUCAAUUUGAUCGAGAUAAUGAUGGGGCGUUAAAUGAUGAUGAACUUUCCGACCUUUUUCGGUAUACACCGGGAUUGCCUGAAACUUGGAUUCAUUCAAAGUUCCCAAACUCGACCGUUCUUAACGAACAUGGGUUUGCUAGCUAUAACGGUUGGCUAGCUCAGUGGAGUAUGAUUACUUUAUUUGAUUACAAAACCACUUUGGCAUACUUGGCGUAUCUAGGGUUUGAUAGUGAAGGUCGUGGUCAUGUAACUGAUGCCCUUAAAGUUACCAAAAAGAGGUCCAUUCAGCAUCGCCGAGUUUCCAAGUACGAUCGCAACGUGUUUUUGUGUUUCGUGGUUGGAUCUGCUGGUUGUGGAAAAACUUCAUUAUUAUCCAGUUUUAUCAACAAAAUCCCCCAUCGUGUUUCCGAUGAUUUAAUUCCUAAUACCGUUGUUAAUAGCGUUGAGUUUCAAAGCAGACAAAGAUAUUUGGUGCUUUCUGAAAUAGGUGAAAAAGACAUCGACAUACUUGCUGAGCCAAAGUCAUUAGAUGCUUGUGAUGUAUUAUGCCUUUUGUAUGAUUCCUCGAACCCGAAUAGUUUUUCAUUUAUAGCAAAUCUCUUGGGACGAUAUCCUGCGCUUCAAAAAAUCCCUUGCGUAUUUGCUGCAACUAAAGCUGAUUUGGAUCGUCAACAGCAAAGAUAUCCUGUUCAACCGGAUGAAUUUACAAAACAGCUGAGCCUUCCAUCUCCGACACAUAUUAGCACUUCUGCUAUCUGGAAUACUUCUAAAGAUUUUUUCAUUCAGAUUGCCGAAUCUGCACAAUUUCCUGCCAAUUCGAUUAUUCAAAUACCAGACAAGAACUCCAACAAAAUUAAUUACCAACUGGUUGUAGCCUUAACAGCAUUUGGGGCCUUGCUGCUGUCUGUGGGAGGCAGCCUUGCUUGGAAAAUUGUGAAAUAUCGAAAUAUGUUUAAGCGAUAAUUCAAUCUAACUUAUGCUGUGAUCAAAUUUUCUAUUAUCUCAAUAAUGAAUAUAUAUUGUAAAUAUUUUUACUGAAGAUGUGUCUUACAAUAAUUAAUCAAAUACUUUGACGGCUUCUUACACCGUUACGACGCAAGUUGAAACAAUAAAAAUGCGAGAUUUACUAUCUUUAUUCAUAUCCCUAUUUUUACUUCAUCACAACACAUCAGAUAAACA